AUGGUUGUUCCCAGCUCGGCUGUGAGCAGUCUGUUGGGAACAGGCGGCAUGCAUGCGCAAGACAUGACGCGUUUGACGGGUUGCCGAAUCAGUGUAAGCAAGCGGAAUCCGAACAUGAUGGAGCGGGUGGUCGUGCUUUCCGCAGAGGGGAUCGACAGCCUCGUCAUGGGCGCCUGCCUUGUGGCUGAGCGGCUUCAAGCGAACCCGCAUCUUCGAGAGCACAUGCACUUUCGCUAUGAGACGGAACUGCCGCGUGGCUCCUGGGACACUCAUGAGAGCCCAUUGCCACGUGACCGUCCGUUAUCAUUGGGCCAGGAGGAUGAGCUCAGCAAACGCAGCCUUGUGGAACACCUCCUCCGCGCGUCGCCCCGUGAGGUGCUAUUGCGCCAUCGCCUUCUGGGAGAUCUGCGAAAGGUUCUGAAAAUGAAGUCGCGGGAGCAGCUGCUUCUCGCGCUCUGCGAUGCCCGUGCGAUGAUGGGCUGUCCCAUCGAGCUCUGA